CCUGUGUAUAAACAAUACAGAUCUCUCCCCUGUCAGCUCCUGCACACUGCUUUGUAUGGCUCUGCAUAGCAGAGCCAUACAAAGCAGUGUGCUUACAGUGGAAAGCACACACACAUCAUACUGUGAAACAGCACACAGUACACAGUUAACCCUUUAUUUGCCUUACAUGUUAACCCCUUCCUGCCCAGUUCCAUUAGUACAGUGUCAGUGCUUUUUAUUAGCACUGUUCACUGUAUUGGUGUCACUGGGCAUGUCAGUGACACCAAGUCAGUUCCCCCCAGUGUCAGAAUGCCUGCUGUAGUCCC